AUGCGUCUUUUUGUUGUUUUUAGCUAUUAUUGUGCCCUUGGCAGUUCAAGCUACAAAAGUUUGCAAAAUGUAAGUGAUCGGAAUACGCCGCUCCCGGACAGCGUGGAAGUUGCCGGUUGCGACAGAUUGCCUUGCUCUCUGAAACGCGGUACGGAUUCCUUGACCGAAGUUAAAUUGACUCUUCCGAGCGAUACUGCUACUCUUGCACCAUAUGUAAAAGCCAAAGUCGGCGGUUUGACGGUUCCAUAUCCCCUACCUCCUCAUUUAAACAAUGCUUGUGAUCAUUUGAACGAUGGCGCCCAAUGCCCCUUGAAGAAAGGUGACCAAGUUACUUACAAUCUUAAAGUUCCAGUACUGCAAUCUUACCCUUCAAUAAACUUGGACUUGAUGGUGUCACUUGUGGAUGACAGUAAUGAGUCAGUAGUAUGUUUCAAGAUCCCGUGCAAGGUUGUAUAAGUAGCCAAAAUAAUUUUUGAAUUGUUAUUGAUGGAACAAAAUUAAAAUAAUAAAAUAGA